GGCGAGUGCCGGUGAGCAGCCUCUCAUACGGUCCGGGCCCUCAGCUCAGAGGGUUCUAGAAACGUGCAGUGGUCCCGCAACACCGGCUCUCUGAUCAGGAGCUUCACACAGAAAAACACCGAACAAGAAGAAACCGCUCCGCUCCCCGCUCUGCGCUCCCGCUGAGCUCAGUGAAGAUCCGCUCAUUAGAAGAGCAACGUCUGGAUAAAGGUCGUAGCGCUCGUCAAGCUCGGAGAUGGCCAAGUGGGGAGAAGGAGACCCGCGCUGGAUCGUGGAGGAGAGAGCAGACGCGACUAAUGUCAACAACUGGCACUGGACUGAACGGGAUGCCACCAACUGGUCGUCUGACAAGUUGAAGUCCCUCCUGCUGGGCCUGACUGUGGAGAACGAGGAGGGGGCUUGCGAGGUGACAGAGGUGGGCAAGGUGGAGGGAGAGGCCUCCAUCAACAACCGAAAGGGAAAGCUCAUCUUCUUCUAUGAAUGGACCCUGAAGGCCACCUGGACAGGGACCUCCAAAUCGGGCAUUGUUUACAAAGGAAGCAUCGACGUUCCGAACCUCUCGGAUGAGAACGACAUGGACGACCUGGACAUUAACGUGACCAUGAACAAAGACGAGCCGGAGACGCCCCUGCUGGCGCUGAUGCGGUCCACGGGCGCGGACAGGCUGCGGGUGGUGCUGGGGAGCUACCUGGGCCUGCUCCAGACGGAGUUCACUCAGGGAAUGAUCCUGCCCACGGCCAAUGGUGUGUCCAAGCCCCAGUCCUCCCAGUCCAAGACCAAUCUGGACAAAACACAGAUCUCAUCGGGCACUACGGCCCCCCCCCCUAACACGGGGGUGAAGAUCCCAACCUGCAAGUUCAGCAUGAGGGAGACCUUCCUCACCUCCCCGGCGGAGCUCUACAGGGUCUUCCUCAACCAGGAGAUGGUCCAGGCCUUCACCCACGCUCAGGCCACCGUGGAGCCGGAGAAGGGAGGCCGCUUCCGCCUGCUGGACGGGAACGUUCUGGGAGAGUUCACUGAGCUGGUCCCUGACGAGAGGCUCGUCAUGAGGUGGCGGUACAACACGUGGCCCUGCGAGCACUAUGCGACCAUCUCCCUCACCCUGAGUGACCGGGCGAGCGAGACUGAGCUGAAGGCGGAGUUUCGCGGGGUCCCAACCAACGAGGAGGAGCGGACGCGUCAGGGCUGGCAGAGAUACUACUUUGAAGCCAUCAAACAGACUUUUGGCUUCGGUGCGCGGCUCUACUGAGAACACCACCCCUUACUGUAGCGCUCACAGUGUACCUGAGUAUUGGCUUCGGUGCGCGGCUCUAC